AUGCCACGCCUUGAACUGGUAGCCACCCUUGAAGGACACCAAGAUCGUGUUUGGCAAGCUGUUUGGCAUCCUUCAAAGACCAUUCUUGCAACAUGCUCGGGUGACAAGACCGUUCGACUCUGGGCUCCCGCAUCGCACUCUGACGCUUCGAAUUGGCAAUGCAUUCACACGCUUGAGCAUGGACAUAAACGUACUAUUCGAAGUUUGGCAUGGUCACCUUCUGGAAACGAGAUUGCAACAGCGAGCUUCGAUGCCACCACGGGUAUUUGGGAAUACGACUCUCGAGAAAACGACUGGGAAUGCGUGGCUACCCUUGAAGGCCAUGAAAACGAAGUCAAAUCGGUGGCCUGGUCAGCAGGACAACUAUUGGCAACAUGCAGCCGUGAUAAAACUGUGUGGAUUUGGGAAGUCGAAUCUGACAAUGAUUUCGAAUGUCUGAGUGUUUUGCAAGAGCAUAGCCAAGAUGUCAAGAUGGUCGCAUGGCAUCCACACAAGGAAGUUUUGGCAUCAGCAAGUUACGAUGACACUAUCAAGAUUUGGCGGGAAGAUGAUGAUGAUUGGUACUGCUCCGAUACCCUACAAGGCCACACAUCUACUGUUUGGGCAUUGGAUUUUGAUGCUUCUGGUGAUCAUAUUGUGUCUGGUUCCGAUGAUCAAACUUUGCGCAUUUGGAGAACUAUCAAACCUCAAAACGCACAGGGCAUUCCUACACCAAGCCAUGAUCCAACCUAUCGAACGGUUUGCACAUUAUCCGGUUACCAUAAUCGAUGCAUCUAUUCGGUCUCCUGGUCCAAGGUGAAUAAUCAUAUUGCAAGUGCCAGCGGUGAUAAUAGCGUUCGUGUGUUUGUUCAGCAAUCGGGUGAGACAUCGGAAGAAAUGUCGUGGGAGGCAACAGCAAAGAUCGAAGCAGCCCAUGGUGUUCAUGAUAUCAACCAUGUUAGUUGGUUCCCAUCCGAGGUACAUAAGGAUUGGUUGGCUACUGCUGGAGACGAUGGAGUGGCACGUAUUUGGCGGUAUAUAGAGGAUGAUAUGUAA